UCUCUACGCGACGCCGACCUUGCGCUCACCCUGUUCGCAGAAGAAGCGGAGUCGCUCCUGAACGUCAGCAAGGACCGUUUGCACGAUGGCCGGCACGACGAGGAGGUCUUAGAUGAGCUCCUCCAGAUGGAGGACGUUGCGCGUUAUGAUCACGCUGUCGCUCUCGCUUUGGCGGAGGGAAGAGACCCUCCCCCACGCCCCGCUAAUCUUCGACGUAGGACGCGGAACCCAGUGGACGGUAACGAUGGAGCCGAAGUCGACGAUAUUAGCGACGUCCACUACAUGGCCGUCCGUGUCAGCUGUGGCCACAUCUUCGACAUGACGUGUUUCCAGACCAUGUUCCUUAAGGCGACCGUCGACGAGUCCCUCUUCCCGCCAAAGUGCUGCAAUGUCCCGAUCCCGCUGGCUGAGGUCGAGCGAUACCUCGCCCCCGUACUCGUCGACCACUUCCGGCGCAAGACGACCGAGUUCACCACUGCGAACCGGGUGUACUGCCACAACCGCCGCUGCUCCAUCUUCCUCUGUGCGGCGACGAAGGCCCCCGCCGUCCUGCAUUGCCCCCGGGCUGAAUGCAUGUCCAGCACGUGCGGGUCCUGCAAGCAGCGGGCGCACCCAGGCGCAGGCUGCCGCCCCGCUGGAGGGGCGGACGACGCGGUGCUCAAGCUCGGGAAGGCGGCGGGCUGGCAGCGGUGUUACUCGUGCCAGCACCUCAUCGAGCGCGACAUCUACGGGUGCUACCACAUGACGUGCCGGUGCGGUAAGGAGUUCUGCUACCUGUGCGGCGUGCCAUGGAAGGGGUGUAAGUGCGAGCUGUUCUACGUACCGCCGGAAGAGGAGGAGGCCGCGCCCGUCCGAGUCGCCGCACAGGUUGGACGAGUCGGCAGCAAUCGUCCCGCCGCCGCUCGAGCCGCACCCGUUCCCCAGGCGGGGCCCUGGCAUGCAGGACUCUAUGUGCGUGCUUAACUGUCCGCGCCUGUCGCCAGCUACAGGGUCGGGUGAAUUCGCUGCCUUCGCUUCCGUCUCCAGUAUUGCCGUGUAGAUUUGUAACACUUUUAAAGCUCUCUUGUUUGUAUACUACAUCGUUUGGACAUCAUGUACUAGUACCAUAUCAAUGUCACGUCGCGCCUUUAUCUCAU